AGUAAUGCGUUAGACGAUGACAUUAGGUGAUAAGGUGGGCGCAAACGUUACUGGUGAACGCAAGGACGCAUGUAAGCUGACUGCAGGACUUCCAGUCACAGUCUACCGGACAUCGACCUGUUUCAUUUGUCUGUACGCGACAAAAUUUUAGACACAAAACUACAAUUUGCAUAUUAGUUGAAUUUUUAAAUACAAUACUUAGAAAUAUAUUGUCCUCUAUAAGUUGCCUGGUACACACAAUAUUUGACAGAACAGUUACAUUAGAAUAACAGUUACGGACCGGUCUGAGUGAGGCCGGCUUUAGAGAUCAGCUGGUCUGUCAGAAUUAGAUAAAGCUGAUAAAAUUGAAGGUAUUCCGUCAAAGUAGAGGUUGGCUAAACACACAAUGCGUUAUAACUUAAUGUUCAAGGAUUUGGUGCUUUGUGCUGCUUCGUAGAAACCUGAUGAGUAAUAAUUUAAAUAAUCUUGAAUGCAAACCUUAGCGAAACAUGUGAGCGUGGGCGUAUCGUUCUAAUUAGACGGAUUCAAAAGCAUUUCCGCGUUACAAACAGCAUAACAAAGAUUUUAAGCUAACGAGAUGGCCGCGCCAGAUACUGUGGGCAGUCGGAAUUGGCUCAUGUUAACGCUAGUUACGGUACUUCUAACUAUCGCACCAAGCUUCUGUGACCCUGAGGUUUACUACGAAAAACAACGCUACGAUGGGUGGUUUAAUAAUAGAGCAUAUCCAGAUUGGGGAUCAGUUGACAGCCGUCUCACACGUAAGACGCCGGCGUCAUACGCUGACGGCGUGUACAUGAUGGCAGGCGUAGACCGGCCUGGGGCCAGGACACUGUCUAAACUCUUCAUGAGAGGCCAGGAUGGAUUGCCUUCGCUAGCCAACAGAACCGCUUUACUAGCGUUUUUUGGUCAAGUGGUGACCGGCGAGAUCGUGAUGGCAUCCGAGUCUGGAUGUCCCAUCGAACACCACCGCAUACCAGUAGACAAAUGUGAUCAUAUGUACGACCCGGAGUGCAACGGUGCCAAGUACAUGCCUUUCCUAAGAGCCGCUUAUGACCGCACUACUGGGCAGAGUCCUAACACUCCUCGGGAACAGAUAAACCAAAUAACUGCGUGGAUCGACGGUAGCUUCGUGUACAGUACUAGCGAGGCGUGGGUGAAUGCAAUGAGGUCAUUUCAGAAUGGAAGCCUGGCAAGUGAAGGAGGCAUGCCUCUGCGCAACACCAAACGAGUGCCACUCUUCAACAAUCCUGUCCCACACUAUAUGAGGAUGCUGAGCCCUGAAAGACUUUUUUUACUAGGCGACCCCCGCACCAACCAGAACCCAGCGAUGGUAACAUUCGGCAUCCUGCUACUACGAUGGCACAACGUGGUGGCGGCCCGUGUGCACCGCCAGCAUCCCGACUGGAGCGACGAGCAAGUCUUCCAGCGAGCUAGGAGAAUCGUCAUAGCUAGUUUACAGAACAUAAUCUUAUACGAGUACGUGCCUGCGUUCCUGGGCGUGCCCCUCCCUGCGUACGGCGGGUACCGCGCGGAGGUGGCGCCCGGCGUCACGCACGCCUUCGCGGUCGCCGCCUUCCGCUUCGGGCACACGCUCGUGCCGCCCGCCAUACUGCUGCGGGACAGGAACUGCAAGUAUGGGAGAGCCCCCGGAGGACAUGAUGCGAUAAGGCUGUGCCAGACUUGGUGGGAUGGAAACGACGUAAUGUCACAAGUGCCUAUUGAAGAAGUCCUUCUAGGAAUGGCCUCACAAGUGUCGGAGCGGGAGGAUGCGCUGCUCUGUUCUGAUGUCCGGGAUAACUUGUUUGGACCGAUGGAAUUUUCAAGACGGGAUCUUGGAGCGCUCAAUAUCAUGCGCGGACGUGACAACGGUCUUCCUGAUUAUAAUACUGCCAGGGAAUAUUUUGGAUUGAAAAAAAUAAAGACUUUCAACGAAAUUAACCCUCAGCUAUUUGAGGACAAUCCAGAUUUAUUGCAAAAGUUAAUACAAGCUUACAAUGGAAGACUCGACAACAUUGAUGUUUAUAUUGGUGGUAUGUUGGAAUCGACUGGUCAUCCGGGAGAACUGUUCAGAGCCAUCAUAAUAGAUCAGUUUACUAGAAUACGAGAUGCUGAUAGAUUUUGGUUUGAAAAUGAACAAAAUGGAAUAUUUACUAAAAGUGAAAUUGAAGAACUACGUCAGAUCACGAUGUGGGAUAUCAUAGUGAACAGUACAGCUCUGGGUCCUCGCGACCUGCAGCGGGAUGUGUUCCACUGGCGAGCUGGGGAUCCUUGCCCACAGCCUUACCAACUGAACGCUUCCAAACUGCCGCCUUGCAAGUACUUAAGAGGAUAUGACUACUUUGAGGGCAACGAAUUCGCUUAUAUUUACACUUGCCUCAUACUAGCAUUCGUUCCAAUAUUGUGUGCCGGCGCCGGGUAUGGGGUAGUAAAAUUGCAGAAUAGUCGACGAAGGAAACUGAAAAUACAACAGGAACACCUUAAAAAUGCGCAGUACAAAGGUUCAGUCGACAAAAUGGUUUGUCGCGAAUGGGUGCAUGCGUCACAUAAACGCCUGGUGAAGCUCCGACUGGGUCCUGAACCAGCUCUCCACGUCACCGACCGUAAAGGAGACAAACUAAGAACCCUUCCACUCGACCAUACGGAUCAACUCACUGUUCUUGAAAGUCAGGAAAGCAGAACCAACAAGCGUCCGUUGGUCCUGAUCCGCGCACCACGGGAACAUGAUUUGGUUCUUGAAAUGGACUCCAUAGCCUCCAGGCGCAAGUUUCUUGUUAAACUUGAUACCUUCUUGGCACAACAUAAGAAAGCUCUUAAUUUAACUCAGGGACACCGAGAACAAAUCUUAGCAACAGCAGAAACUAGAGAACGAAGACAGAGAAAGUUAGAACAUUUCUUCAGGGAAGCUUACGCAAUCACAUUUGGUUUAGCUCCCGGCGAGAAAAGGCGAAGAAAUGAAGAUGCUGACCCAGAGUCUAUUGUUAUGAGGACGUCAUUAUCGAAAAGCGAAUUUGCUAGCGCGCUUGGUAUGAAGGCGGAUGCUGUCUUUGUAAAAAAAAUGUUUAACAUUGUCGACAAGGAUGGCGAUGGAAGAAUCUCUUUCCAGGAAUUCUUGGACACCGUAGUCUUAUUCUCUCGAGGUGCUACAGAAGACAAGCUUCGUAUAAUCUUCGACAUGUGUGAUGACGACCGUAAUGGAGUCAUCGAUAAAGGAGAGCUCAGUGAGAUGUUACGUUCGUUAGUCGAAAUCGCAAGAACUACAUCCCUUAGAGAUGAACACGUUACAGAACUGAUAGACGGGAUGUUUUCUGAUGCCGGUCUCCAACACAAAGAUCACUUAACAUAUUCAGAUUUCAAAGUAAUGAUGAAGGAAUACAAAGGAGAAUUUGUAGCUAUUGGGUUGGACUGCAAGGGUGCUAAACAGAACUUCCUCGAUACAUCUACUAAUGUAGCUCGAAUGACCAGCUUUCAUAUUGAACCGUCCAUGGAACAAUCACGGCACUGGAUCCUAUUGAAAUGGGACUACCUGACAACUUUCUUAGAAGAAAACAGGCAAAACAUCUUCUACCUAUUCGUGUUCUACGUCGUCACAAUCGGGCUGUUUGUGGAAAGAUUUGCGCACUACUCGUUCAUGUCGGAACACUUGGACUUAAGGCAUAUCAUGGGCGUCGGGAUCGCUAUAACGAGAGGAUCUGCUGCGUCAUUGUCAUUCUGCUACAGUUUACUAUUGCUGACCAUGUCAAGGAACCUCUUGACGAAACUAAAGGAGUUCAGCAUCCAGCAGUACAUCCCACUAGACUCAAGUAUCCAGUUCCACAAGAUAGUCGCCUGCACGGCUCUUUUCUUCUCGCUGCUGCACACGGCGGGUCACCUCGUGAACUUCUACCACGUCAGCACGCAGCCGCUCGAGAACUUGCGCUGUCUCACUAAGGAAGUUCACUUCACGUCUGACUUCAGGCCCGGUAUCACCUACUGGGUCUUCCAAACUGUUACUGGCGUAAGCGGCGUGCUGCUGUUCGUGAUAAUGUGCGUGAUCUUCGUGUUCGCGCACCCGGUGGUCCGCAAGCGCGCCUACCCGUGGUUCUGGCGCGCGCACUCGCUGCACGUGCUGCUGUACGCGCUGUGCCUCGUGCACGGGCUCGCCCGCCUCACCGGCGCGCCGCGCUUCUGGAUCUUCUUCCUCGGACCUGCCAUUAUUUAUACUCUCGAUAAGGUGGUGUCGCUACGUACGAAGUACUUAGCCCUGGACGUCUUGGAAACAGAAAUGCUUCCAUCUGACGUCAUCAAAAUAAAGUUCUACAGACCACCAAAUCUUAAAUAUUUGUCAGGUCAAUGGGUGCGACUUGCUUGCACAACCUUCAAGAAGGAAGAAUUCCACUCGUUCACCUUAACCUCUGCCCCUCACGAGAACUUCCUGUCGUGCCACAUCAAGGCUCAGGGGCCCUGGACCUGGAAGCUCAGAAACUACUUCGAUCCUUGCAAUUAUAAUCCUGAGGAUCAUCCUAAAAUAAGGAUCCAGGGUCCGUUCGGCGGCGGCAACCAGGACUGGUACAAGUUCGAGGUGGCGGUGAUGGUGGGCGGCGGUAUCGGCGUCACGCCCUACGCCUCCAUCCUCAACGACCUCGUGUUCGGCACCUCCACCAACAGAUACUCCGGCGUCGCCUGCAAGAAGGUGUACUUCCUCUGGAUAUGUCCUUCACAUAAACACUUCGAGUGGUUCAUCGAUGUCCUGCGUGACGUGGAGCGGAAGGACGUCACCAACGUGCUGGAGAUACACAUCUUCAUCACGCAGUUCUUCCACAAGUUUGACCUUAGGACCACCAUGCUGUAUAUCUGCGAAAACCACUUCCAGCGUUUGUCGAGGACGUCAAUGUUCACCGGUUUGAAAGCUGUGAACCACUUCGGAAGGCCCGAUAUGUCCUCCUUCCUCAAGUUUGUUCAGAAGAAACAUAGUUACGUAUCUAAGAUCGGCGUGUUCUCGUGCGGUCCGCGGCCGCUCACCAAGUCCGUGAUGUCGGCGUGCGAGCAAGUCAACAGGACGCGCCGUCUGCCUUACUUCAUACACCACUUCGAGAACUUCGGAUAGACUGCUGCAUCUAGUACGUCUUGUUCAUACAUGUUAUAGUGAUGUUAACUAAUGUAGGCCGAACAGAAUCAACGGACAUAGAAAAUCAUAUUUUUUUAUUACUCUGAAUUAUUGAUCAAAUCUUUGCAAAGAGACCUAGCUGUCCAGAAAAGAACCUUAUGGAAUGAUGUACAUAGAUAGAUUUGAUCAAUAAAUCAUUCCGAAUUACAGAUAACAUAUUAUCUGGCUAUUAAUUCCUUAUUUAUUUGCAUCGUAUAUUUAAAGUUAAAAAAUAUGUAUAGGAAAACUGUUACCAUAUAGCUAGGGUUCGUUAGAUCCUGAACUAUGUACAAAGUUACCAACUUAUGUAACGCACUUUUAGUAUUUUAAAUGUCAACUGCCUUUUGUGAAAUAU